AUGCCUUUCAACCUCUCCUUAGAUGGCUGCCUGCAAAAUCCUGCAAACUGCAAGCCCCAAAGUAGGCCCACUUCAAGCAACAGAGUAGGGGGAAGGAGGGGGAAGGACAAUUAUCCAGUUCAAACCAAAAUCCCCUUGAAGAUUCUGAAACUCAGAGAAAAAUUCAACUGUGGCCACCUGUGCAGCUGGGGUGGUUGCAGAUUUCCAUGCAGCCACACUGCUAAUGGAGUAUUGGGAAGAAACAAUACUCAACUCACAAAUGAAAAGCACUCAGAUGAGAAAUCUGUUAAGGGCAUCGUUAUAAAUUCAGUAUCCGAAUUCAAUAUUGCCGACGCGCCAUCCAAGGAAGCCCCCAAUGAGAAAAAACUGUCAGCAUCCAGCACAUCACUGUCUUCUCCUGAAGAGUGCCAAACCAAAUUCUCAUACCUCCAAAACGAUACAUCAUUUCAUCAGAGAGACAAUGAUGAUGAAUGUGCCUCACUUAUCCUCACCUGUCUGUUUUGCCAGUUUUUGGAUUGUCUUCUAAUGCUGCCUGAUACUUGUGAAACUGUGUGCAUAAAUACGUGCUGCCCAUCACAUCGAUACUAUCAUGCCUCUGAUGAGAAUCACCCCAGAAAUGACUGCAAUUGCAAUUGUGAUGUUGACUGCAGCCUGUUUGAAUCUUGCCAUGAGACAAGCGAAUGCUUGGAGCUGGCCAUGGAGAUUUCAGAAAUCUGUUACCGCUAA